CAGUUCAGCUGUCUGGAACAGAACAAGAUGGCAGAGGGGUCCCUUGCCACGGCCGACAUCAUCAUCAUCGUUCUCUACUUCAUAUUCGUCAUCAUUGUGGGAUUAUGGUCUAUGUACAAGACGAACAGGAGCAAUGCCAGUGGGUAUUUCCUCGCCGGGCGCUCGAUGUUAUGGUUGCCGAUUGGGGCGUCAUUAUUUGCGAGUAACAUCGGAACUGGUCAUUUCAUCGGUCUCGCAGGCACCGGAGCUGCAGCCGGAGUAGCAGUGGCCGCCUAUGAAAUCAUGGCAGCAUUUGCCAUUUUGCUUCUUGGUUGGAUAUUUCUACCCGUCUACGUAUCUUCAGGAGUCUACACGAUGCCCGAGUACCUCCGGGUGAGGUUCGGUGGUCAACGCUUGAGAAUUUUCAUGUCCCUUUCAGCCUUGUUUCUCUACGUGUUCACAAAAAUAUCGGUGGAUAUCUAUGCUGGUGCCAUCUUUAUCCAGCAAGCAUUCAACUGGAAUAUCUAUGCUUCUAUUUUCAUUCUUCUGGCUGUAACUGCCGUCUACACGAUCACAGGUGGCCUUGCAGCAGUCAUCUAUACCGACACCCUACAAUCCUUCGUCAUGGUCAUCGGCGGUAUCGCCCUCAUGGUCAUCAGUUUCACGGAGAUCGGUGGUCUGGAGGGUCUCCGGUUGGAGUACAUGCUCGCCAUCCCAUCCUCCGUUCUCAAUGAUACCGAUACCAAUACCAGCUGCGGAUACCCGAGGGAGGAUGCCUUUAGUAUGAUGAGGCACCCCCUCACCUCUGACCAGCCCUGGCCCGGCACCAUCAUUGGUAUCAUGGUCAUUGGGGUUUGGUAUUGGUGUACAGAUCAGGUUAUCGUGCAGCGUUCUCUCGCCGCUAAGAACGUAACUCACGCCAAGGGAGGCUCUCUGGUGGCUGGUUGGCUCAAACUUCUACCUCAAUUUCUUAUCGUUAUGCCGGGUAUGAUUGCAAGGGUUCUAUACACAGACGAGGUUGCCUGCGUGGACAGCGAGUCUUGUAUGGAGUACUGCCAGAAUCCUAGCUCCUGUUCAAAUAUUGCCUAUCCUCUUCUUAUACUCAGACUCAUGCCAGUCGGUGCUAAAGGUCUGAUGAUGGCUGUAAUGAUUGCUGCCCUCAUGAGCUCACUUACAUCCAUUUUCAACAGCGGAAGUACGAUAUUCACCAUGGAUGUAUGGCGCCGACUACGGCCAAGGGCGAAGAACACUGAACUCAUGAUUGUUGGACGGGUAUUUGUGUUAAUUUUGGUGGGAAUCAGCAUCCUGUGGGUUCCGAUUGUUCAAGCUGCUCAGGGAGGCCAGCUCUUCCAGUACAUCCAAUCUCUUCAGUCUUACUUCGCUCCUUCCAUCUUCAUCUGCUUCGUCAUGGGCGUGAUCUGGACCAGGACCAACGAACAGGGUGCUUUCUGGGGGUUGGUGGCCGGUGUGGCCCUUGGUCUCACCCGGAUGAUCCUGGACAUCCUUUACCCUUCCCCAGCCUGCGGAGAGGAGGACACCAGACCGGGCAUCGUCAGUGCGGUCCACUUCCUCUACUACAACUGCAUUGUGACCCUGGUAUCCUUGGUCGUCACCAUCGCUGUCAGUCUGAUCACGGAGAAACCCUCGGCAGAACAGAUCAUGGGCAAAACUUACUGGACCCGAGGAAUGGACCCUACUAAAAAAGGCGAUCCGACCAAUAGCGCCACUGAUCCUGAACAGAACCCAGAGGCUGUGGAGAUGUCCAAGAGCAAAGAGGCCGACGAGGCUAACCAAGAAGAAGUGAAAAGGAUACCAGAAGACGGAGAGGGCGCUGUAGAGGCUGACCCUUCAUCGAGAGCUCAAGAUGAUAAUGAAGAAAACCCAGCGUGGAAGAGGUGUUGCUACUGGUUCCUCGGAUACAACCCUAAAGAUGACCAUGAGGUGCCUGACGAAGCCAGUAUGAUCAAGAGCAUUGACGAGAACCCCAUGUGGCAAAAGUUCAAUCUCGCCAACGCCUUCGUCCUAUGCGGCGCUUCAAUUGGAAUGAUGGUUUGGUGGUGGUAACAAAUGCUGCUAUAAAGUCGCCCAAAUUGACCAGAAAUCCGCCCAAGGGAACCAAGGAGUCGCAGAGUAUGCUGCUUAGAGGCAUUCAGUGUAUCCAAUGGGGAAAAAACUACGUGUGUGCCAAUGUAUGGGCUCCAUCAUUAUGCAAUAGGGACUUUUAUAUUUGCAUGUCGACAUAGUGGACUGCUACGUGUGACGUCCGUAGCAGUCUACUAUGUGCAAAUGUAAAAGUCUCUAAUAGCACAUCCAGUACAGGCCCACAACAUAAUUUGCAUUCAAACACAUCCAUGUCCCUCUAGGGAGGAAGUUCCGCCCCUCCCAGGUGUACACAUUCUUCACUGUGAUGCAAAUCAUGAUGAAUUUACUUAAUUUUUACUUUGUGACCGGGAAAAUAAAAUAAAGAUGUUUUUAAUCCAAAGGUGCGAUGGACACAGUCUGUCCCGCCUAAUCCAUCGCUCCUUUAGCAUGCUAGCCUGUUGCGAUGUAGGUCUAUACAUAUCAUUAUCCUUAUCAUUACCAGUUUUCUUAAUUUUUCUAUUUGCACACAAACUUAUUAAAGUUUUUUCUGUACAUUAUUGAAUUUCUUCUGUAUUUUGUACUUGCCUAUAUUGAAACGAAAAUCAAUAAAAUAAAAAUCAGGAAGAAAAAAAUUGCCACUCCUCAGUCAAUUAUUAAACCUACCUCAUAAUCUUGAUAAAUAGAUGCAUGUGUGAUUAUACUCUUUUUAUGUAGUACAAAUUACCAUGAUGAUAUAUAGUCAUUUUUUUUAAGAAUGGCAGAAACACCAUGAAUCUAUAUGAUUGUAUAUAGGGUCUUGCUUGUAAAAGCUUCUGACCACAACAUUAUUCAUUCAUUCUUUAUAUUUUUACACAAUUGUGCUAUUUGAAAAUCCGCACAAUUUAUUACGCUCUCUCUAUCCCUCUCUCUCUCUCUCUCUCUUGUUCAGCGACCUCAUUGAUUCAACACUUGAUUUUGUCAAAUUGGUUAUGUACAACGAUAUUUAGAUGAAAAUAUGAGUUUUAAUUUCUUUAUUUUGUAUAGGUUAUUUGCACAUUAUCCAAAUUAUGUUCAUUGCACUAUUUUGAAUCUUUUUCACGUGUCUCAUAUUUUCCCCUGUCCUUCAAAACAUCGGAAAGAACACUUUUAGGUCGAUACUUACAUGCAAAUUUAUUCGGAAAUAUGAACUUCUUUUCUCUUUCUCGACUUCUUUCUGUCUUUCCAUCUCACUCUUUCCUUCUCCCCCACCCCCUCUCUCCCUCCCCCUCUCUCUCUCUCUCUCUCUUUUCUCUCUCUCUCUCUCUCUCUCUCUCUCUCUCUUUUCUCUCUCUCUAUUCCUCUCCGAUUCCCUCAUUCUAUCUCUCUCGCACACAAACACAGACGUGUACACAUGCCCAAAUACGCACAUUGUGACCCUAUGUCACUCCUUGUCACCCAUACAGUUACAUAUCUAUUGGAAAAAAAAAUUAAGUUAUUCUUUCCGGUGUUUCAAAGUUUUAAAGGGAAAAAACACACUGUAAUCAUGUUUAUUGAAAUUAUUUAUAACGGUGUAGCGUGAUUAAUCAGUCCCAUAUUGCACAGGCGAACAAAAAUAGUGGCUCGACGUUUCGAAUAGGUUGACUAUCCGUCAAGCCACUCCCGCCACUCAUCCUCUCCAAGCGCUAUAGUUCUCCUUAGAACUAUAAGCUAAGAAAGAUAACCAACAGUCCUUUUGAGGACUACACACCCUCAAGAAAGAUUCCCGUGAGCCCUUUUCAGGACUCGUCAAUCCUCCCUCUCUCUCACAUGGUGCACCCGCAAGCCUACUGUAUAUCUACAUCACCAUGCAAGCCGAUACUUACAAGCAGCAUCGUGAUCCAAUAAAUCUAAAUUCGAAGCCUUACAACGGGAGAAGUUCCUCUUGAAGCUAUUAAUAACAAUUGAGUUAUUUUCAAUCAAGUUUCCUUUUUUCACAUCUCGUGCAUUUACACUGAUGGACCUGGUUUUGCUAUUAUCUUUGCAAAGUGGGUCAUGAAACUAACACCAUAAUGGGUGAACUUUAGUAGUUGAAAAUCUGCUGAAGUAGGUCAUUACUUGCACAGUUUGUCCAUUAUUUAUGGAUACAUCUACAUCAAAGCCAUGACAAGACAAUAAAGCUACCUAACUUUCCAAAUCUUUCACUAUAAAUGCUAAUUGUGAUAGUGUUUAUACUCAUGCGCUAGAUUUUGUUACAUUUUAAUUCAUUUUUUAACUCGGCUUUACCCUUUGGCAUGGAAUACUAGUAUAUAGAUUAGAUGAUACAUGUGCAGCUUAAAUGACGCGAUAAAAUUUUGAAGUUCCAUACGUCUCGUGGCGAUUUUCCUUUUAAAAAAAUGUUUGGGAUGUGGCACAAUAAACAGCAAGAAAAAUUCA